AGAUGACCACCCGAGUGGUGUCCAGGUGCAAUAGUGCCAUAAAUUGAAGCCAGGCUUGGGUCCACUAAGCUCACUCAGAUUAGAGCCCCCCGAAAAAUUCCCCAUCCUAUCCACGAUGAGUACCCUGCGUCCCGGCAGCGUUUGUGAUACCACGCCGCUCCAGAGAUUCGAGAGCCAAAGCAGCAGCGGCGAAGAGCCUUCUUCUCCGACGGCUUCUAGUAUUUUAGCCGCUGCCGCCGCUGCUGCAUCUUCAAAUAAAACUCCUAACCACAAUAACAAUAAUGUGAAACUGGACCUACAGCUGCCAACUUUCGUUGGUAACACCGGAAGCCAUGGCCCCAUGUAUAACACAAAGACACCAUUACGUGGCCCCCGACGAAUCUUCGGAAGGAUUCUCAUGGACCUCUGUUUGCUCAGCUGCGUUGGUCUGCCCAUGCUGGGAUUUUCGCUUUGGGGCGAAGCCUUCAAACGUGGCUUCUUCUGCAAUGAUUCUUCCUUGAGACAUCCGUAUAAAGAGUCCACCAUGCCCAGUUGGGUUCUUUACCUGAUGUGUGGCGCCUUACCUCUUUCUGUGAUGAUUGUGGUGGAGUUUUUCAGGGCCCAGGACAAACGGUUGCCUUUUCAAAAGCACCGCGGCAGUGGCUAUCACCUUUGCCACUUGGAGUUGCCUUCUUGGUUGCUGGAAUGCUAUCACCGGAUAGGGAUCUUCAUCUUCGGCCUGGGCGUAGAACAGCUCUCCACAAAUAUAGCCAAGUACUCGGUUGGAAGACUUCGGCCUCACUUUUACACUCUCUGUCAGCCUGUAAUGAAUGGCACCGAUUGCAGUAAUUCCAUAAAUGCUGGACGUUAUAUCGAGGAAUUCUCCUGCGGGGCGUUAGAUAUAACUUCAAAGCAGUUGAAGGACAUGCGUCUAUCCUUUCCCAGUGGACAUGCAAGUUUUGCUUGCUAUUCCAUGCUCUACUUGGUGAUUUACUUACAACGUAGAAUGCAGUGGAAUCGCUUGCGAAUGCUGCGGCACCUUCUCCAAUUCCUGCUGCUCAUGUUCGCCUGGUAUACGGCUCUUACCAGAGUUUCCGACUACAAACAUCACUGGUCCGAUGUUUUGGCAGGAGCGGGGAUCGGACUCACCUAUGCCGUUGUUGUGACGUCUACCAUGUGGUAGUCAGGAUCUGGAUCCUUGACCUUAAGGGGGUUGCAAACCCCUCAACCCACCGCGUCUGCUGCUUUCGCUUUAAGAUGUCAUCUGUCUGCCGAAAUUUCAGUUUUAUCAUAGUUUUAACUUUGACCAUGUCUGCUAAGGAGUAUAUAUUUAUCUACGUGUGAAAGAUUUUACUUAAUAAAUUUCAGUUUAAUGUGUUUUAUCCUAA